AUGAUAAAGUUCUGGUUACAACGCUCUACGCUGCAGUCUCUCCACCGUUACAGUUUAAAAACUAGAAAUCCCUACCACCCUCGCCUACUGUGCGUGCGCGGCGCACUGCGCUUCGGGCCUUGUAGUCUUGGACAGAACCCCGAGGCCCAUGGUGCCGUGCGGCGGGUCGUCGCGCCUGCGCAAUGCAGGCGGCGGGCAGCGCAGAGUGCGAGGCUCUUUUGUUCGGCUGAGGGGAGGGCCGUUGGCUGGGGCCUGCGGUACGCCGCUUCAGUGAGGGGCUCCACUGCGGCCACCCGGCUUGCUGCCUUCCUGGGCGCCACUCCCCCAGGCGACCCGACGCGACGCGCCAGUAGCGCAGCACCGAUUCCUCUCGGGCUCUUGGGCGCUGCUCUGAGCAGCGUCACCCUUUACACCAGAAAGCUGGCGGGCACUAUGGGAAAAAAACAAAACAAGAAGAAAGUGGAGGAGGUGCUAGAAGAGGAGGAAGAGGAAUAUGUGGUGGAAAAAGUUCUCGACCGUCGAGUGGUAAAGGGCAAAGUGGAGUACCUCCUAAAGUGGAAGGGGUUCUCAGAUGAGGACAACACAUGGGAGCCAGAAGAGAACCUAGAUUGCCCCGACCUCAUGAGUUUCUGCCGUCACAGAAAACAGCACAUGAGACAGAUAAAUCAGAGGGAGGCAAGCGCAAAGCUGAUUCUGAUUCUGAAGAUAAGGACAUAUAUUAUCUAA